GUUCUCGGUCACUUCUCCGCUACACAUGGACACGAACACCAUGCACCCUUUAGCGCUGCUAGGCAUCAUCUGCCUCUGUCUGAGAGCUACUGGAGGCCAUAGCUCAUCCUGGACCGCCGACAUUCCCAGUUCCAUCACCGCUUUGAUCGGAUCCUGUGUUGUUAUUCCCUGUUCCUUCGACUACCCCCACUUUGUCCCGAAGCCGAGCACUCAAUUCGUCGGGGUUUGGUUCGACCAGAACGACUCCAUCAUCUACCAUCCUGUCAGCAGUAGGAUGGUGGAGUCGUACCGGGGUCGUGUGUCCUACCUGGGAGACAUCAAUGGGAAGAACUGUACCGUGAUGAUUGAUCCCGUCAAAGAAAGCGACAAAGGAUCUUACUAUUUCAGGAUUGAAAUCUCAGAUUUUAAUAAGUAUUCUUACAGUGAAAAGAAAGUCUCUGUUACGGUGAAAAGUGCCCCUGAACCCAUCACCUUUGAAGUCGACCAGGACCUCAAAGAGGGCGAGAGCGUGAUGGCCUCCUGCUCCGUCACUCACACCUGUCCUACGGCUCCGCCCACCUUCACCUGGACUCACUCCGCACUCCUCAGCUCCGAGCUCCUCCCACAGAAGGACGGCCAAUGGCAGAGCAGAUCCGGGCUGAGUUUCCGCCUGACCCGAGACCUCCACAACAAGUCUUUAACGUGCCGAGUGAAGUUCAGGGGAGGGCAGAGGUCCAACAGCUCCACGGUACUCCUGGUGAAACACACCCCUCUGAACGUGACGGUGCAGCAGCCCUGGGCGGUGCCGGAGGGCGGGGCCACCAAGCUGCGUUGCCUUAGCGACGGCUACCCCCCGCCGAGCCGCUACUGGUGGACCAGCGAGGGGGAGGAGCUGCUGCACGUGGGGCCGCACUACCUGUGGCCCAACGUCUCCCGCCACUCGGGUCGCCUCUACUGCAGCGUCCGCCACACCCUGGGCAGCAUCCAGUCCGGCCUGUUCCAGCUCAACGUCACCUACCCCCCGGAGGUGACCGCGGCCUCCGCCUGCUCCACCUCCGCCCUGAGGGUGAGCUGUGAGUGUGUGGUGGAGGCCAACCCCCCGGCCGCGGUGCAACUGUCCCGGCCCGUCGGCGUACCGCUGAGCACCGGCUCGGAGACGCAGGGCUCCGUCACCGUGGCGACGCUGGCCGGCGACGAGGCGGCCCUGUGGUCCUCGGACCCCAUCUACUGCCACGCCUUCAACAGCCUGGGGAACACCACACACACACUGCAGGUGCCCCCCAAUGGUAUAGUGCUAACCAUAACUGGCAUAGCUACUUGUGUGCUGCUGCUUCUAGUCAUGGUGCCUUUAGGAAUUAAAUGGAAGAGGAAACAAAUCGAAAAUAACACAACAUUUGCUGAUGCUCACAUAAAUAUGUCAACCCGUUGGAACAAAGAGAACCUUUAUAAGAACGAUGAUGCAGUCUAUGCCAACAUGUGAAACUAGCAUCAAGACUGCCGUCUGUCCUGGGCCGCCUCUACGAUGAAAAUCGUGUGUAGCAAUGUUUUAGUAUCAAGUCCAAAUCCUUUAUUUAAUUUUAAUUUUUAAAAAAUAGUGCCUUAUGUGGUUUUUCUAUUCUUAUCAUAUUAACAAAAUAAAAUCUCCUGUUAGGGUUAUACAGUUAUAUAACAGUAUGAGUGACUUAUGUAGCCUACAUAUCACUAAUAAAAUGGGAAUAAAUAUGUAUAGUUUC